UUUCUACAAGGCUUGAUACAUGUGCUACACACUUGAAGACCUGCUUAAAGAACAUCCAUCGGGUGAUACAGACAGCCAAUGAAAUACUAAGUAGCAUAAGUCAACCCUCGGUGUGCAGUGAAGUGCUCCUGUCUUCCAGAGGGGCAGAUUAUAUAUCAGGUGUAGUAGAAGUUUACAGGCUAUCAAAGAGAAUGGAAGGUGGGAUCAGAAUACAUAACAUUGACUGUGAGCAAUUACAACUUGUUCUCAGGGAUAUUGACCUAUCGUGGAAUAAUUUGCAGGCUUUUCUGUCUAUUUGUCCAAGCUUACUACAAACAUUGCCCUCACAGUCAGCCUUAGAUAUUGUAGCCAUAGGAGCAUUCUCGGACUCAAGUCCAUGUCUUCAGAGCUGUUGUGGAGUUUGUCUGCUGGACAGACCAGUAGAAGAGUUCCCAUGUGAAGUGCAAAAUAGCAUGCUUAAUACUGGAGGCCGCUUCUAUCACCCCAGCUGUGCCAACUUCUGGCUACACUGUGUGGACUGUACUCUGCCAGUUCCGACUUGUCCCAGUAACUGCACUGCUUGUGUAAAACUAAACAAGGAUGAGUUGUGACACAAUGAAGAUCUUGGGAUUUUAUGGACUAAGCACAAGGAUAAAAUUUAUUUAUUUUAUCGAAUCUAUUUUUUUGCCACAUGUUUUUAUUUUUUGUGAACUUCUGUUUAAUCCUAAUGGAACUUGUAGAAAUCCAUGCGCUUGCCACCAAAACAAUAACUCCAUACAUAUGAAAGAAACAUAUUUUCUGUCACAUAAGAACAAAUGCAGUUGGACUCAUUGAUGCCAAAGGGAUGCACAGAGGAACUAUGGCCGAAUUAAAAGUUGUCAUUUUUAUCAUAUGGAAGAAAUCAAGUGUUGAAGAUUUCCCUUAUACAUAAUGGCGCACUACAAAGUGGUGAAUCUGAAAAACAUUCAGAUCUAGAUAAGGAGCAGAAAAUAUGUUCUGAUUAAAUGCAAUGGUUUGGACCCUGCUAUUUUAUGUGAUUAAUGUUUGCAAUGCUAUCAAGUAGCGUGCGCCUGCAAAAUUGCAUGCCCAAUGUGUUUUUAUUUUGUGCAUAGACUUGUGCUGUUUUUAAGUUGGUCCCAGUCCUGACCAGUUACGGCUCCCGGUGAAAUCUGAGACAGGCAGGAAAUAUGAACUAGCAGAAGAUGGGCACGAGCUUCACGGUGAUUGUGCUGUCAGAGACCCUUGUUACCUUGUCCUAAUGCGGUAAGUACCUGCUAAUUAGGAUGAGCCGACUCAUCCUAACAGGGCAACAUGUGAAACAUGCUGUGCAAAGCCAGUUUGUGACUUGUGACUUUUUGUGCGACAUUUGCACCAGAUUAAUGUGUUACCACUGCAAAGAUCGUCUGCUGGUUUUUGAAUACUGUGUAAAGUCACAAAAAAUAGUGCUUAGGUACACGUGUGACUUUUCAUGCGCUCAGUGUAGGGGGCAAAAAAUCUCUAAAUGCAUUGAUAAAUCCCCCCCAUUGUGUAUUGUUUGAGGUAUUGAGCUGUAUACCUGCACCUGGUAGCUUGGGAAGCUAUGAUGUAUAAUUAGGGGCUAGCUGGCCUACGAUUUUCUCCAUAAUGUGUUAUUGCUUUGUGUAGAUGAGAAGCAAAAAAACCAUGUUAAGACCAUGUCAAAUGCAAACAAGCUUCUGCUUUUGAAUCAAGUUUACUGGUGUCUUGAAGGGUCUGUCUAACCCAGGAGAUGGCAAUUCUGAUUAAUUCCCCCUAAAAUUGUCACAGAAGCGAGUGACUGUCAUGAAUCUAUAUAUAUAAAACUCAACGUGUGUAUGAAUGUGUGUAUGUACGUAUGUGUGUAUGUGUGUGUAUGUUACAGUAUCACGUCCAAACGGCUAAAGAUAUUAACAUUAAACUUGGCACACAUGUUACUUAUAUGUCAACAACAAACAUAGGAUAGGUAAUUUAACCCUUACCCACCCCCAUUUGCCAGGCGGGGUUUAUGUUUAAAGUCCCAUACAAGUCAAUGGGAAAUAUAUGUUACUGCAUAACUUCCAAAUGGCUGGAGAUAAUUCGAUAAUAGUUGGUCACAUGUUACUUAUAUGUCCACUUAAAAUAUAGGAUAGUUCAUUUAACCCUUAACUACCCCCAUUUGAAAGGGUCAGGGUUUUUGUUUAAAGUCUCAUGUAAAUCCAUGGGAAAUGUAUGUUCCCACAUAACUUCAGUACGGCUGGAGAUAUUUCAAUACCUGGUGCACAUAUUACAGGUCUGGAUAGGAGGUCGAGAUAGGAGGACGGGAUGGGAGGUCGAGAUAGGAGGACGGGAUAGGAGGUCGGGAUAGGAGGAUGGGAUAUGGGGUUGGGAUAUGACAACAAUAUAUGAGGAUGGGAUAUGAAGUCAAAAGCUUCCUCGUUUGUUUAUUUUCCUCCCCAACAAGGAUUAGGAAGGAAAAACCAGGCAACGCCGGGUACUCAGCUAGUACUUUAUAAAAGUGAAAACACUCUUAACAGUGAAAACUGUGAGACUGGAACAAGUGAACAUUCAAAAAGAAAAGAAAAAAGAAUCUGAAAUGCUCUGUACCUUUUUUUUUUACGCAAACAAAGCCAUAAUGCACGGUAUGGACUCUUAUUUGUUAGAAAUAUGUUGUCAAAUAAAAUUUGUCAUUACUUAUAAUGUGACUGUAAAGUGUUAUUUUAUAUUGUGAUGCCAAGUAGUUAGUAUCCCAGUGAUGAUAAAGUUGUUUAGUAAGGUCCUCACAAUAUAAAUAAGUGUUAUCUGGUCGAACUGAUACCAUGAAAGAUCAGCUGGGUUUUUCUUUCCCUUAGCUCUGCAGAGUUAUCUGUUUUUAGCUCUUGACCCUGCAAUGCCAUUCUUUGUUACUGAGGGAAAUGAUUGGUGAUUACAGUGUUCUUACCAUGUCACAGGCUGGCACAGCUAAAGCAACUCUACAGUGUGGACUGUGGAGCGACUAUAAAACAAAUUCUUCUGCUUAGAUUUUUAGAUAACUUUAAAAACGAAGAGCC